CCAGAGGUCUGCCGUCCGUCUGCUCCUCUCGCCGUUUCCCCGCCUCCGCUCCACCGACAAAGACAGCAGAAAAGUUGAAAGAUUUAAACGCAGAGGCAAGGAAAUUCCAAGAUUCUAUCUCCAGAGUGUCAGAGGCAGCUAAGGGAAGAUCAUCACCAAGGAAUAUUGUAUGCAAUGUUUCCUCCUCAGGGAGCAUUUUGAAUCCGUAAAUCCUUAAAGUGCUUGUUACCAUGGCAUAUCUAGAUAUUUCACCGUGGAUUGCAUGGUGUUCUUCUCCUAGUAUUUUACAAAGUAGUAGCAGAAGAACUCUGAAGAAGCCCUAAUCACUAGUAGUGGUAACUAAUAAGGUAGGUAGCAGAAGAAUUGCAAGAAAAAGCAAAAUGCUUAUGGAUAUUAAUUAUUAUUGACAUGGAUCUGCAAGAGCAGUAGCUGCUGGACUUCUUUCCGUGGUGUGCUGCAUCUUCUACAUUAACAUCAGGUUGACUCAGACGAUUUUGCCGGACUUUUUACUGACCCGAGGCAACUCUGCCUAGCCAAGUUCCUGUGACCAGUCGUUUGAGUCGACUCCUACUCAGACGGGUCUUUGAACCAUGUCAUUUAGGAAGAGACCUCGUGAUGGAGAUGAGAUGGAUUGGUGCCACAAAGAUCGGAUGAGAAGGAGACAACAACACUAUGCGAGCAGCCGGAAAGACAGAGAUUGGAGGGAAGCCAGGGGCUAUUGGGAGAGAGAUAAGGAAAGGAAUGAGAUGGUCUUCCACUUGGGUUCUUGGGAAGCUGAUCAAAACAGAGCUGGCAUGACAGUGCCACAGAGAAGUUGCAGUGGCAGCGAAGGGACAGAGAAGGAAGCUGAAGAGCCAAAUGGAAGUAACAAACUCCCUGAAGAGCAGGCGCGGCAAUACCAAUUGGAUGUUCUUGAACAGGCAAAGACGAAGAACACAAUUGCUUUCCUGGAAACUGGGGCAGGAAAAACACUCAUUGCUGUCCUCCUUAUUAGGAGUAUUUGUAGUGACUUGCAGAGCAAGAACAAGAAAAUGCUGGCUGUAUUUCUAGUUCCUAAAGUUCCACUUGUUUAUCAGCAAGCAGAAGUAAUUCGUGAGAGAACGGGUUAUCAAGUUGGUCACUAUUGUGGUGAAAUGGGCCAAGACUUCUGGGAUGCACGAAGGUGGCAGCGAGAGUUUGAAACCAAACAGGUUUUAGUCAUGACAGCUCAAAUUCUCUUGAAUAUAUUGAGACACAGCAUAAUAAAAAUGGAAGCUAUUGAUCUACUUAUUCUGGAUGAAUGUCAUCAUGCUGUCAAGAAACAUCCAUAUUCUUUAGUGAUGUCUGAGUUCUAUCAUACAACGUCAAAGGAGCAGAGGCCAUCUGUUUUUGGAAUGACAGCUUCUCCUGUUAACUUGAAGGGUGUUUCAAGCCAAAUAGACUGCGCAAUUAAGAUUCGUAAUCUAGAAUGUAAGUUAGAUUCAGUAGUUUGUACAGUAAAGGAUCGUAAAGAGCUCGAGAGACACGUGCCAAUGCCCUCAGAAGUUGUAGUUGAAUAUGACAAAGCUACUAGUUUGUGGUCCCUCCAUGAACAGAUAAAGCAAAUGGAAGUGGCAGUUGAAGAAGCUGCUCAAUCGAGCUCUAGGAGGAGUAAAUGGCAAUUUAUGGGAGCAAGAGAUGCUGGUGCAAAGGAAGAGCUGCGCCAAGUAUAUGGUGUAUCUGAAAGAACUGAAAGUGAUGGAGCUGCUAACUUAAUUCAAAAGCUGAGGGCCGUCAACUAUGCACUUGGAGAACUAGGACAGUGGUGUGCUUAUAAGGUUGCACAAUCAUUUUUAGCUGGUUUACAAAAUGAUGAAAGAGCAAAUUACCAACUAGAUGUCAAAUUUCAAGAAUCGUAUCUAAGUAAAGUUGUUUCCCUCUUGCAAUGCCAAUUAUCUGAGGGAGCUGUAAGUGAAAGUAACUCAAGAAUUGGAGAUUUGGUUGGUUUUGAAACUUCAGAGAGCAGUUUGUCUGAAGAGAUAGAGGAGGGAGAACUUCCUGACAGUCACGUUGUCUCUGGCGGAGAACAUGUUGAUGUGAUAAUUGGAGCCGCUGUUGCUGAUGGGAAAGUGACACCAAAAGUGCAGUCGUUGAUUAAAAUACUUCUGAAAUAUCAGCAUACAGAUGAUUUUCGUGCAAUCGUUUUUGUGGAACGUGUUGUGGCUGCCUUAGUUCUUCCAAAGGUUUUUGCAGAGCUUCCUUCCCUGAGUUUUAUCAAGUCAGCAAGCUUGAUUGGGCAUAACAAUAGUCAAGAGAUGCGGACAAGUCAAUUGCAGGAUGCAAUAGCAAAAUUCCGAGAUGGCCGUGUUACCUUGUUAGUUGCCACUAGUGUUGCUGAGGAGGGACUUGAUAUUAGGCAGUGCAAUGUUGUCAUCCGCUUUGACCUGGCAAAAACUGUUCUAGCAUACAUUCAGUCCAGGGGCCGAGCUAGAAAGCCUGGAUCAGAUUACAUUUUGAUGGUUGAGAGAGGAAAUUUAUCACAUGAAGCAUUUCUAAGAAAUGCUAGAAAUAGUGAAGAAACUUUGCGAAAAGAAGCAAUUGAGAGGACGGAUAUUAGUCAUCUUAAUGGUACAUCUAAGCUGGGGGAGGUGACAGAAAAUACAGUCUAUCAAGUGGAGUCAACGGGUGCUGUGGUCAGUUUAAAUUCUGCUGUUGGACUCAUCCACUUUUACUGUUCGCAGCUGCCGAGUGACAGGUACUCAAUACUUCGCCCUGAGUUUAUUAUGCAGCGCCAUGAGAAGCCAGGAGGACCUACUGGAUAUUCAUGCAGGCUUCAGCUUCCCUGUAAUGCACCAUUUGAGGAACUUGAGGGUCCUGUCUGCGGCUCAAUGCGUGUUGCACAACAGGCUGUCUGUUUAGCUGCUUGCAAGAAGCUCCAUGAGAUGGGAGCAUUUACUGACAUGCUCUUGCCUGACAAGGGAAGUGGGGCAGAUCUUGAGAAAGUUGAAAAAAAUGAUGAAGGGGAUCCGCUUCCUGGAACUGCUAGGCAUAGGGAGUUCUACCCUGAAGGCGUUGCUAAAGUUCUUCAGGGAGAUUGGAUCUUAACUGGGAGAGAUAGUUGUGACUACUCCAAAUUCUUUCACCUGUAUAUGUAUGAGGUCAAAUGUGUUAAUUUUGGUUCCUCAAAGGAUCCAUUCUUAACUCAAGUUUCAGAGUUUGCGGUGUUGUUUGGCAAUGAGCUGGAUGCAGAGGUGUUAUCGAUGUCAAUGGAUCUAUUUAUUGCUCGAACUGUAAUCACAAAAGCUUCACUUAUCUAUCGAGGCCCACUAGAAAUUACUGAAAUUCAGUUAGCUUUGCUCAAGAGCUUCCAUGUAAGACUAAUGAGCAUAGUACUGGAUGUGGAUGUUGAACCAUCCACUACUCCAUGGGAUCCUGCGAAGGCUUAUUUAUUUGUUCCAACGACCUGCAACAAAACUACUGAUCCGAUAAAAGAUAUUGACUGGGAUCUGAUUGAGAGAAUAACAAACACAGAUGCAUGGCGCAAUCCCAUCCAGAGAGCUCGACCAGAUGUUUGUCUUGGGACAAACGAGCGAGCACUAGGUGGAGACCGUAGAGAAUACGGAUUUGGGAAAUUGCGGCAUGGAAUUACCUAUGGCCUUAAAUCCCAUCCUACUUAUGGUAUCCGGGGAGCUAUUGCACAGUUUGAUGUUGUGGAAGCUUCUGGUUUGCUUCCUAAUCGAAAUACCCUUGAAGUUUCUGUUCAAGGGGUUUUAAACAAGGACAAAUUGAUGAUGGCUGAUUCUUGUGUUAGUGCGGAAGAUUUAGUUGGGAAGAUUAUUACUGCAGCUCAUUCAGGAAAGAGGUUUUUUGUUGAUUCUGUGCGCUAUGACAUGACUGCAGAAAACCCAUUUCCGAGGAAAGAAGGCUACCUUGGUCCUUUGGAGUACAGCUCUUAUGCUGAUUACUACAAGCAAAAGUAUGGAGUUCAUUUGAUCUUCAAACAACAACCUCUAAUAAGAGGCCGUGGUGUUUCAUAUUGCAAGAAUCUUCUCUCCCCUCGGUUUGAACAUGCAGAAGCUCAUGACAAUGAAUCUGAUGAGAACCUGGAUAAGACAUACUAUGUUUUUCUCCCUCCUGAGCUGUGUUUUGUACAUCCUCUUCCUGGAUCGCUAGUACGGGGUGCUCAAAGAUUGCCAUCAAUUAUGAGGAGGGUCGAAAGUAUGCUGCUUGCAGUGCAGCUUAAGCAUAUAAUUGGUCAUCCAGUCCCUGCUUCAAAGAUACUGGAAGCUUUGACUGCUGCUUCUUGCCAGGAGACUUUCUGCUAUGAACGAGCAGAACUAUUGGGUGAUGCUUAUUUGAAAUGGGUUGUUAGUCGAUUUCUUUUUCUCCAGUAUCCCCAGAAACAUGAAGGCCAACUCACUCGAAUGAGGCAGCAAAUGGUCAGCAACAUGGUGCUGUAUCAGUAUGCAUUAAAUAAGGGGCUUCAAUCAUACAUUCAAGCAGAUCGGUUUGCUCCAUCUAGAUGGGCUGCUCCAGGGGUGCUGCCUGUCUUUGAUGAAGAAAUGAAGGAAACAGAAGCAUCACUUUUUGAUCCACAAGUUUUACAUGAUGACACGAGGGCAGGGCAGGAUCUGGAUGAUGGUUUAUAUGAAGAUGAUGAACUUGAAGACGGUGAGCUGGAAAGCGAUUCAAGUUCAUAUCGCGUCCUCUCUAGCAAAACACUGGCUGAUGUUGUUGAGGCACUAAUUGGUGUGUAUUAUGUUGAAGGUGGGAAAAUUGCAGCAAACCACGUGAUGAAAUGGAUUGGCAUAGAGGUAGAUUUUGAUUUAAAGGAGAGUGAUUAUCUUAUUAGGCCCAAUAGUGUUCCAGAGAAUGUUUUGAGGAGCAUUGACUUUGAUGUGUUGGAAACUACUUUGAACAUCAAAUUCAUUGAUAGGAGCUUAUUGGUAGAGGCUAUUACUCAUGCUUCACGCCCUUCCUCUGGGGUGUCUUGUUACCAACGACUGGAGUUUGUAGGUGAUGCUGUGUUGGAUCAUCUCAUUACAAGACACUUAUUCUUUACAUAUACAGAUCUGCCUCCAGGACGCUUAACUGAUUUGCGAGCCGCUGCUGUGAACAAUGAAAAUUUUGCACGUGUUGCUGUUAAACAUAAUCUUCAUACACACCUUCGACAUGGAUCGAGUGCCCUUGAAAAACAGAUACGAGAUUUUGUGAAAGAGGUCCAGAAUGAGUUGUCGAAGCCAGGGUUUAACUCCUUUGGUUUAGGGGACUGCAAAGCUCCAAAAGUAUUGGGCGAUAUUGUUGAAUCAAUUGCUGGUGCUGUCUUCCUUGACAGUGGGCGUGAUACUGCAGCUGUAUGGAGGGUAUUCCAACCCCUACUGGAACCAAUGGUCACUCCAGAAACCCUUCCAAUGCAUCCGGUAAGAGAACUGCAAGAAAGAUGCCAGCAACAGGCUGAGGGCCUCGAAUAUAAAGCUACUAGGAGUGGCAAUUUGGCAACAGUGGAAGUCUAUGUUGAUGGUGUUCAGGUUGGAUUAGCUCAAAAUCCACAAAAGAAAAUGGCACAAAAAUUGGCUGCUCGAAAUGCCCUUGUUGCACUGAAGGAAAAGGAGAAAGCUGAAGCUAAGGAGAAUGAUACUGAUGACGGCAAAAGAAGGAGGAAUGGGAGCCAAACGUUUACAAGGCAGACACUAAACGAUAUCUGUUUGCGGAGAAAUUGGCCAAUGCCAUCAUAUCGGCGCGUCCAUGAAGGUGGCCCUGCACAUGCAAAAAGGUUCACUUAUGCAGUUUGUGUUAAAACUUCUGAUAGGGGAUGGACGGAUGAAUGUAUUGGAGAUCCCAUGCCAAGUGUCAAAAAAGCGAAGGAUUCUGCUGCAGUUCUUCUCUUAGAAUUGCUUAACAAGUGGUAUGCGUGAAAGCUCCUGAGGGCUAACGUUUAAGCCACGGGAAAAGGAUUUGCUAGAGUUGACUCUGAAAAUCUGAGAUGCACCACACCCCUUGGUAGCAAUAGUGGGAAAUAA